UCGCACGCAGGCGUGCCAAAUGGGCUGUCAGAUGCGAUUUGGAGUAACAAGUGGAUUUGACGUUUAAGUUUUCUCUGCAUCGCGCUUGGAAACACUCUUGAUAACCGUUUUGUACCUAGACCAUGGACUCAGAUACGAGCCGCGUGUCGAGCAGACCAUCAUCUCCCGAGGAGGACGACAUAUUCCUAGCAACCCUAAAGAAGUCUGUUCACGGCUUCACUGGCGCCGUGUCCUCCACUCAUCUCGAGACUCUGGCAGAGCUCCACGGCCUGCACGGCCUCACCGUCGAAGACGAGGAUUCACUCGCACUCCGGCUGUCCAAAAAAGACCGUAAACUCCUGUCAGAGAACGAGCUGCAGACCAUCCGCCUCAAGAUUAACAGCCGCGAAAGGAAAAGGAUGCACGACCUCAACGUGGCCAUGGACGGACUCCGGGAGGUCAUGCCCUAUGCGCACGGACCGUCGGUGCGCAAGCUCUCCAAAAUUGCCACCCUGCUUCUGGCUAGAAACUACAUCCUGAUGCUGAGCAACUCACUGGAGGAGAUGAAGCGACUGGUCAGCGAAAUCUACGGCAGCGGCGGACACCACGGCGGCUUCCACCCAGCAGCCUGUGGGACUAUGACACACGCAGGGCCCGUGCCGGGACACCCGGUAGUUUCACACGCCUCACACCCGGCGGUGCACCACCCGCUCCUCCCCCCGGCCGUCUCCGCAGCCUCUCUGUCCGCGCCCGGUAUCUCCGUCACCUCAGUCAGACCCCAUCACGGACUCCUCAAAGCCCCCGCUCCCGGUGCAGGGCCGCUGGGCAGCAGUUUCCAGCACUGGGGCGUUGGCACCGGGAUGCCUUGUCCGUGCAGCAUGUGCCAAGUCCCGCCUCCGCAUGUGACCAGCAUGAGCGCCGUGACCAUGCCGAGGCUGCCCAGCGACCCCAAGUGACUCCAAACUAAACGGAGACGAACUUUUGGGGUUAUUACAGACUCUCUCCCCACAUUAUUACUCUUUUUAUUUAUCUGUGUUGCUGAAUCCGUUGCGUCGACGGAACCAGUAAAGAACAAUGCAUUGAUUUUCCUCACUGGGACAUUGGGGUUUUGUAACUAACUUAGUAUUUUAUGGUUAUUAACCUCAAUUGUAACAGGUGUUUCUCCACAGAGCACCUAAAAGCACAACACAACUUCGGCUGAUUUCUAGAAAUCUUUGAUGGCGCAGGCAUCUGUGUGUCUCCACAGUUCAUUUAAAGAUCAAAUUGAAACUGCUCUGUGGUCCUGCAGGGGGGAAAGGUCACACAUCAAAUCACAAAUAUAGAGUGUAAAUAUGUAGAUGGUUUAUUCUGUUUAAAUAGUGGGAGAUAUCAUAUAUAAUUAGAGUCCUGUUAAUGUGUGGGCAGACUUCCGCCCCCUCAUGUUGCAUCUGCUUUAUUCUAUCCGUCUUAUUCAAUGCUUCUCUCCUUAUUUUCUCCCCAGUAGUCAUUCUCUGUCCGACGGAAACAUUGACCACUUGUUUAUUUUUUUAAUAAAAAAAUGAAAAUGAUAUUUAUUUACUUAUUUUGGACGGGAAUUUCAGAUGGAUCUCUGAUUAUGUUGGGGUUUGAAAUGUAAAAUAAAGACGAUUAAUUGAAAAGUAAAAAA